CAAUUGACAAGCUACUCGCGUGUGAAUUUUAAUCAUUUUUUCAGAUUUUCCUGGUACCACCUACCGCAAACACCUAUUCAUUAAACGGAUGGGUCUCACACUUUACUCAUAUAUAACCGGCCGUGUCCAAUCCUGUCUUCCAGUUCACGAGCAGAUAGAGCUUGCGAAGAUAUAAGAUAAAACAUUCAUUCGCGGGUAUCACACGAGUCGAGCGGUAUGGUCAAAUUUUCGAUCUUGGCCCUGUAUGUGGUUUUUAUCGCGGUGGCUGGAGCCAGUGAGUUCGAAAAGUGGAAAGAUCACAACGCUAUCGUGGAAGAGUUCAAGUGUCGGGAGCCUCAAGCCAGGAGUUUUCAAUGGGAUUCGUUGGUCGGGGAGGAUUUCAAGAUCAACGAUAAAGAAAUAAUAGUACCCUGGUCCACCGUUCUCCACCGUUGCGAAAAUUCUGGUUGUUGUUCAAACGGAAAAAUAUGCCUUCCCAAGAAAACCGAGAUGAUCGAUCUAACGUUUGCCACAGUGAGCAGGAAAAGAAAUUACUUUACUGUCACUGCAGAGAAUCACACUGAAUGCUCCUGUCAGAAAAACAGCGAUAAGCCUAAAUGAUAUUUUCCAUAGAAGAUGGUCAUGAUGUAUAUUUGUCGAAUUAAAAUCUGAAUAUGAAACAAAUCGAUGAAACUACUUAUUUCCUGUUGACUGACUUAAUUUUAGAUUCUUAUUGUUAGUGGAAAUGGUACAUGUGGAAAAAAAUUGGUAUUAUAAUAUGUAAUUAGAUUAAAAUUGUUGUAUAUAUUUAUUAAGAAAAAAAGACUGUGAUAAUACCGAAAAUGUAAGAAAGGUAGAUAGUUAAUGUGAGAAUAAAUUCCUUUCUAAUCUUUA